AUGAAUUAAUUGUAUAAACUUACACCAUAAGAAUUGGCAACAAGAAAGGAUAUAGUUGUACUUAGUGAUAAAGGAUUGAGAUUCAGAGAAGAAAUUAAAUCAUAAGGUCAAUUUGAUUUGGAUGAUUUUCAUUUACCUUAAAGUAAUUCUACCAUUUUAUAAUCAAGUCAAUUAAUCAAAAGAUAAACCAUAUACAAGAAAAUAAGUACUUUAAGGAGAAAAACCAGUUGAAUUAUUGGUUGCUGAUUUGAAAAAAGAAUUAAAUAUCAGUAGACCAUAUAUGGAAAAAGCUCUAGAGAAAAUGACAAUUAAGAUAACUUAAGAAAAACCAUCUGCUGCAAUAAACAAUAAAUUAUAAAAAUUAUAUCAAGAAUUAGACAAACAUACUCGCUUAUUAGAAGUGAGAAAAGUUAAGUUCCAAAAAAAACAUAUUGAUUAGUAAAUAUAAGAUCAAACAUCAAUUUUGGAAGAAUCAGAAUUUCAAGAUAAAGUGGCAUCUCUUACUGCUUUAGAAGCAAGAUUGUCGAGAAUGCAAUAAAAUUAUUAAAAUGAAAUAAGAAUUCGGGAUGAUACCUUAAAAGUAGCUAUAACUAUCUUACUUGUAGAAAGUUAAGUAAAACCUAAAAGUCAUGAGGAUUUAAAAGGAAGCUGAAAUUGAAUAGAUUCCAGUCCCUGUUUAGAUGGAUAAACUUUAAUAAUCUCAAUAUCUCGAUAGAAAAUAAGUUAGACUUAAAGAUUAUUAGAAAUAUAAAUUUGAAGUAUCUAAUAUUAAUAUUAAAUUAGAAAGUUUGGUCUAGAUAACCUCCUCCAUCAUAUACUUCUAAAUAAGCCUUAAUUGAAGAAGAAAGAAAGAAACAACUUCAAUUAAUAAAAGAAUAAUAGGAGUAUGAAUAAGAACUAUUAAGAAGAAAUGGACAUUAAAAUAUAAACAAUAUAGCCAAUCGUACUGAUCAUGAAUAACAUGAAUAAUGA